AGAGGGUAGACACUUACCACCAUAUCCAUAUGAUUUACAUUAUCUAUUUUCAAACCAAUGACAACCACAAGGAGAAGAUGGGUUUUAUCUCAAUUCCAUUCCACUUCUGGUAUAUAUUAGUAGUACUCUAUAGUCUUUGGUUUCCAUAUAGAGCCACUUCAAACAGUCAAUUGUCUUUGUUUUUAGAAGCCUAUGGCAGCUACUUCCAAAAGACUAGAGGGAAAGGUAGCGUUGAUAACCGGAGCAGCAAGUGGAAUAGGAGAGUGUUCUGCAAAACUAUUUGCUAAACAUGGUGCAAAAAUCGUCAUUGCAGACAUUCAAGACCAACUUGGUCAAGCAGUUUGUGAAGCUAUAGGUUUUUCAAACUCGAUAUAUGUUCAUUGUGACGUAGCCAAUGAAGAAGAUGUUAAAAAUGCUGUGGAUAUUGCAGUCGCCACUUUUGGAAAACUCGAUAUCAUGUUCAAUAAUGCAGGUAUAGUAGAUCCUUACAAGGCACGCAUCAUCGACUAUGAAAAGAUAGACUUUGAGCGUGUGCUUAGUGUUAACGUUACGGGGGUCUUUCUUGGCAUGAAACAUGCUGCUAGGGUUAUGGUUCCGGCACGGGCCGGCUCAAUAAUCUCUACGGCUAGUGUUGCUUCAAAUUUAGGUGGUUUGAACACACAUGCUUAUACUUGUGCAAAACAUGCUGUAACUGGUUUGACCAAGAAUUUAGCGGUAGAGCUUGGACAAUUCGGCAUUCGAGUCAAUUGUUUGUCACCUUACGCAGUAGCCACACCAUUAGCCACAAAUUUCCUUGAGAUGGAUAGAGAAGCGGUGGAGAACAAGGCGAACUUACUUGCAAACCUCAAAGGUGUGACGCUUAAAGCUGAUGAUAUUGCUAAAGCAGCCCUUUUCUUGGUGAGCGACGAGGCAAAGUACAUUAGCGGGCAAAACUUGUUUAUCGAUGGUGGAUUUGGUAUUGUUAAUCCAUCGUUCAACAUGUUCCAAUACCCCGAUAGCCUUUGAGUUGGAAUAUUUAAAAUAAGACAUUUACGUACAUGUAUACACGUACGUAUACGUCUAGAAAAUAAUAUUGUUUUCUACGCUAAACAAAUAUCCUCUCUAUAAGUGAAGUGUUUAAUUUAUUUUCUUGUUAGCUG